AUGAUGGCUGGAUCCCACGCGCUGCGUCUGUACCGCGCGAUCUUCGAGACGUCUGCGCGCUUCCCGCCGCUCAUGGCCAAGAAGAUCCGCUUCAACGCGCGCGAACUCUUCCGCCUCCGGCGUCACGAGACGAACGCGGCCCGAUGCAAGCGCUUCGUCGCCGACGGCUGGGCCGACGUCGCGACACUGGAGACCAUUGCGUCGUCGCCGCUCCUGCGUGCAAUCGACCGCAAGCCGCCCGUCGCGUAA